UCAAGCUACUUGAAUUUCAUCUCAGUGGCAUUCGCACCCAAGAGACAGAGAGUCUCACGGCCUCUGCCGUGACGAACGCGAUAGUUCGAGAAUUGUGGAUCAAAUUCGAUUCCCACGGGAUUAGUGGCAGCAGAAUGAGGACCAAUCAUGAGUGGAUGAUUGGGAGAGGAACUUCUCUUUGGGCCAUGCGAUUUUCACUCUUGCUAUUUGUUUUGAUUCUGGGCAGUGUGGAGUUCAUCGCUGUUUCAGGAAGUGCUUUGCCGGCGAGCCAGAACAGAAAGCUCCUCCAAAUGUUGGAGUCGCCAAGUCUGCCGCCGAUUACUCUUCCGACUAACUCCCACAGGAAGUCCCCGCCACCUCCUCCUAAAGGCAAGUCCCCUCCCCCUCCUCGAGAUGAAGAUAAGUCACCUCCUCCACCGAAGGGCAAGUCUCCUCCUCCUCCACCUCCUCCUCGGGGUGAAGAUAAGUCACCUCCUCCUCCUCCUCGUGGUGAGGGUAAGUCACCUCCGCCACCUCCCCGAGGUGAAGUUAAGUCACCUCCUCCUCCUGAAGGAAAGUCCCCUCCCCCUCCUCGGGGUGAAGAUAAGUCUCCUCCUCCACCGAAGGACAAGUCUCCUCCACCUCCUCCUCUAGUGAAGUCAUCCCCACCACCACCAAGAGACCCGUCCCCUCCCCCUCCUCGAGGUGAAGGCAAAUCACCUCCUCCACCGAAGGACAAGUCUCCUCCACCUCCUUCUCUAGUGAAGUCACCCCCACCACCCCCAAGAGACCCGUCCCCUCCCCCUCCUCGAGGUGAAGGCAAGUCACCUCCUCCACCUCAGGUCAAGUCUCCUCCACCUCCUCCUCGAGGGGAAGAUAAGUCUCCUCCUCCACCUCCUCGAAAUGAAGUUAAGUCACCUCCUCCUCCCAAAGGGAAGUCCCCUCCCCCUCCUCGAGGUGAAGAUAAGUCCCCUCCCCCGCCCAAAGGGAAGUCUCCGCCGCCACCAAAAGAAGACGAGGACGACGACGAGGACGACAAGGACGACGAUUGAUCUGGGCCAACAUGCAGACCUCGGAUCUGUUUUACAGAUUCUGUUAAAAUAAAUUUGAUGACGCGUUCUUCAAAGCGGGAGGAGUUUAUCGUAUAAGAAAACCAUCGCUUCAAAGCUGCUUCGGCUGCGGUAAAUAAUCGAUCUCGAUCCCGGUCACCAUUGUCUCGGGCAAGACCGUCUCCGUCUCGUGGACCAUUUGGACUUUGAAUUCGUUCCAGUUAGGCACAUACGACCUACCUUUUUACGAGCGGGGAGAGUACGAAGUCCUAGCAUCUCCAAUAAGUGGAAAACAUUAGAAUUGUAGAUCCUGAUCCAUUAAACAACAACAAAAGGUGCAAUUUGAGCACAUGUUAUUUCUCUCUCUGAAAUUAUUCUGCGUGGGCAAGGCAUUUUAUAUCAAGGUAACGAGUAUAUGAGUGAC